UACUACUGCUAAUAAUAUUGAUAAUGAAUCAUCUACAACUUUAGAAGAAGAAAAUAAUCCUCAUCAACUUAAAAAUCUGAAUUGGCCUAAAAUAUACCCUUGGGUUUAUCGUGGAGAAGGUCAAUUAAAUAAAUAUAUAUUUUGUUAUUGGUGUAAAGAAGCUAGUAAAAAUAAUAAUUUUUCUAAAGGUUGUAGAUAUUUUAAAAAACAAAGUUUGGAUUGUCAUAUAACUACUAGUGAUCAUGAGAUAGUUUGUGCUGCACGAAUGCAAUCUCAAGCUACCUUAUAUUCUAGUUUUGCUAUUCAAGCUAGAAAUAAUCAAAUUAAUAUUAUAAAAAAUAUGCGUAAUAUAUAUUUUUUAAUUCAGCAUAAUUUGUCUACUAAUAUAUUUAAAAGUUUAUACAAAUUAUCUAAAUUACAACCACCAUAUAGUAGUUAUCAAAAUAAUGUUACUGCUCGUGAAUUUAUUGAAUCAAUUGGUUACAUUAUAGAGCAAGAA